AUGGCUCUGACCUCAUUUGUUGGACAACUCGUUUGCCCAUUACGUGAAGUUCACAAAGCCUGGGAGGAUCCAUCUAUUAUUAAAUGGAGAAAGCGUGAUGCCCAUGUUACACUGCGCUGCCAUGAUACAGUGGAAGGUGAUAAUCUUUUUUGUGUAUUCUAUAAAUUUUAUUUGUCUUUAUUUUACUGCGUCCUGCAUCUUGAUUUUCCAAGUCUUGAAGGUUUAUGUUUGCAUCCAUCUAGAAAAUACGCUAUCAUAUGACCAAAAUAAAGAAAAAUUCUGUCUAACAUUGUUUUUUUACUGUUGUUAGGCUGAAAUUUAAUUUCAACGAAAGUUCAGGAAAUGGGUACUAUUUGAAUCACAACAGCUCUCAUUUAUUUGUGGUAGCACAUAUUAAUUUCAUGGUCGUAGGAUGGAGGAUAUUCAAUCGUCAUUCAAGAUGACUCCAUCUUCUCUGAAAACUAACUCCUGGCUAUGAAAAGCUUAUGACAUUUGGACGAGUCCAUGGAUUGGUCUUGUGCUGGUCAGCUAAAACUGGUUUUGACUGGGUGAUCCAAGUCACAGAUGAUUGAAAGAAUUGGGAGGGUAGAAAAGGAUUUGCCUUGAUUCCAGUGAUGAAGAAAACCAGUCUCAGAAUCAGGUUUCCAUUUAUUCCGGGUGCAGAACCAUUUUAUAGUAGGAUAACAAGGUAUUGUUAGCAGCUGGAUGCAGUAGCUGUGAUGUCACCGGGAGCCAUCAUUGAUCUUCUAUUAUCCCUUUUUACUCCUCACUGUCUUCUCGUUACCUUAAGUGAGUUGAAAUGCCAAGCUUCAAAGAGGUAGCUUAUGACGUUGAAAGGUUCAUGGUUUUAUUAUAUCCCCCAGAUAUAUUCAUGUAUGUAAGCUACGGGAAAUCUAGGAUUCAAAUAACUAAGGCUUUUUAGUCAUUCUCGGCUCAAUGUCCUUCGAGUUUCAAACAGUAUUAUUAAUUUUUUUAAUCUUGUUACCAUAGAAUCAUAGGUUGGUUCAAUCUUUACAGAAUACUUGCAAGCAAGCUAUGCAAUGUUCCUAUCAUACGUGGUGUCAAAUUUGUUAAUUUUCUUUUUUAGGGUAUUGGAGAUGUAAUGAUGUUGGUUUUCGAGUGUAGUUUGAUACCAUGACAGUACACUCAAUUACUCUACCGGAAGUUGAUAGCCAUUUCAAGUUUUCUUGCGCUUAAAUAUGUAUUUCCCUCCCCCAGUAUUGUUCUCUCUUGUUUUUAAAAAUUGCUCUUGUCUGACAUAUAUGCUUUUGUUUUCCUAGUAUUUUGACUACCUUUUCCAUAUCUCAAGGAUAAGUUCUAUGGUUUUGAGUCAUAGUCAUCUCUUAUGGGUCAAUAAUCAAUGGGAGAUUGUUGGAACUCAAAGUCAUUGUUCAGAUUGAUGCAGUCACUACUGAUUGGAGAGUAAUGGUACCCUGUUGAAUGAUGUGCUUCUCUUAAAACUGCAUCAGCUUUCUGUUUAUCAAGAUGGAUAAAUUGGCUGGAACUACUGAAUAGUUCCAGCCAAUUUAUCCAUCUUGAUAAACAGAAACAUUUAUCACUGUAGAUUUAGUGUAAUCCUUCAACUAUCAUUGAGGUUUUGAGUUGAUUUCUCAUCAGAUUAAGAAAGAAGGCAAAUAUUAAUCCAAGUGAUGCAGUAAAGGUAGGAUGUUCAUUGUGAACACAGAUUACUAACUUUAGUGCAUGGGUUACAGUAUAUGAUCUGGUGCAAUGAUGAGCAGGGGUCAGCCCAUUUCUGAUCAGCAUCAGACUUGAGUACAUGUGUUGGUGCAUUUCUUCUUUCUAAUCAGAUUGAGAAUAGCUUAUCCAAUCAAAAUAGCCAAUUGUAUUUAUAUUCUUCUUAGACCCUGUUUCUUGGGGAAUCAUCCAGGUUGAUGCCUUUAAAGCUAGAGCUCUGUUAAACUUGUUGUGACGGGAAGAGUGUGGACUUUGGCAACUGCCACUAGGGGACUAUUCGUAUUCUAUUCUUCAGUUGGACUAACAGUGUAAUCUCGGACUCUAUGAAAACCUAGAAAUUAAUAGUUUACCUUUCAAACAUUUAUAUGGAGCCUAUGAUGCAAAAUUAUGCAUCGAUUGAAAAAAAAUGAAGAAUUGCAUGGAUUGUAGAGGAUUGGUGGAGCAGUCUUUACUCCCCAGAUACCUAGGCAGACCUAAAAAUGAUACAUGCUUAGUGGGCCCAAAGGUGGCCCCAGUCGGUUCAAUAUCCACUGACCCAAACGCCCUAUGACCCUAACUACUUCCCAACAGUUCUCAACAAAAUUAAAGUUAUGAUUGUGAAGUUUAUUUUGGAUAGUGUAUCACCCCCAUGCAUAAUCCCCUGCUAAUCAGGUCAGAUCCAAUGAAGAAGCAAGUGAUGGCAUUGAAUCAGAUCAUAUCAUAUACAUUUUAGAAAAGUUUUGAAUUUUUUGCAUCAGUCCUUCCUCUUUCUCGUUUCCUCUUCUUCCCCUUCAGUCUUUUCUUUUUUGAACUCCAACAAAGUGGAACCUGACUGAUUGAUGCUUAAACAGUUCUGAAUCGUUUUUAUUACUAUCAUUUGAACCAAAAAGUGCAUGAUCUGAAGAUUUUUUUUUUGAUAAAUAAUAUCUGAUAAUGAUUGGUCGAUUGAUGGAUAAGUGUUCCUUUGUUAGGUCAAUAUUAUUUAUUCAUCAUGCGCAUAUAUGCUCAUUGAUGAUUAUCAUUUUUCAUGAACAUGCUAAAUUACCUUGUUACAAAUCUUCAGAUUUCGGUAUACCGUCGUUGUUCAGGGUUUGUGGAGAUUUGACUUUCUCAAGAUUGCAAUUGGUCACCAACAUUUUUGCCUUCUACAUUAGUUUCAUUCAUUUAUAUCUAUCAAAUGAUUCUUAUUGACCGAAACAUGCUCAUGGAUCCAUGAUGCUGAUCAUUGCGGUUGUUUCUUCCUAACUCUAGUUGUCACUUUAUUGGUGCUCAAGGGUUUGGAUUAAUUGGCAUGGCAGAUAGAAAUAUCCAGACUUGAAUACACAAAGCUCAAACUUGGAUGAAGAAAUCAAGUUUUGAAUCCGCAGAACUAGAGUCCUCUACUCUUGAAUGCACAAAGGGACGACCUUGAACCUACAAAAUCAAAAAGAGACUGUUGAAUUCUCAAGAGGGCACUUAAAUCCACAAGUAGAGACAGAGGGUAACCUCAAUCUCGAGAAAAACUCGAGAUACUUCGAUUCAAUCCAUGGGGUUACAAUAAGAGAUUCUUAUAUAAGCCUUAAAAGGUGGGACGUCCCAAAAAAAAGGACGAGAUGCUCCCAAAAGCAUAAGACACUUUGAACAGUGAAACAGACUCUGAACUUAAUCACAACAGAUUCUGAAACAAAAGAAACAUACAUUAGAAAUUGGAAAAGAAAAAGAACAAAAUAGACUCUGAACGACCAACUGAGCUUGGACCAAGCUUCUCGUACUUUAUUGAGGCCUGAUAGGUUCUGAGUUAUCUUUUCACAUCUCUUUUUUACGGCCCAAAUCCAGACAUUCUAGGCUACAUCAUUAAUGGUGAAUUGCUCAUAUAAAUUUAUCGAGUUAUUAGUUUAACUAAGAACUGUUUACGUAUUAGCUAUUCAUUGUAAACAUAUUCAAAUGGAUGACAUCCAUAAGGAUUUUAAUCGGUGCACCUCAGGUGGAAUACCUUAGCAUAGCAUGUGAUUGAAUGAUUGUUUUUUAGUAUGUAUAUUUUUUAAAUGGUCAGAUUCAUGUAAAUCUUGUAUCCUUAAACUUCUUAUCAUGCCACGUGUUUAGUAUCACAUUUCAUGGAUUCUUUUAUGACUUCAUUUCUCAUGUUAUAAUUAUUAUACUAUCUAAUUUUCUAAACAGCAAUGUGCCAUGUCUUUUCUCUUACAGGUUCUUUGAAAUAUUGGUACAACCGAUGCAAAGUUGAUUUUACUGUUUCUGAUUCAGCCACGUGGAAUGAUGAUGCUAUUUCCACUGCGCUAGAAUGUGCUGCUUACUGGGUGAAGGACUUGCCUUUUGUAAUGUCAUUGAGUGGAUACUGGAAGUUCUUUUUAGCACCAAAUCCUGAAGCUGUUCCUGAUAAUUUCUUUGAUGACUGUUUUGAUGAUUCUUCUUGGGUGCCAUUGCCAGGCAAGCAGAUUUUUCAGUGCCUUUCUAUGACUGCAUAUUCCUUUAUAAUUUCCAACCUUGACAAAUUUAUCUAAUAAAAGGUUAUUAAUGUAAAAACCAGUGUCUGCCCCAUGUUAUGAUUCAGAAAAAUGCCCCUUUUUUUGUUUGAAUUGGGUUUGCGUGCUAUUCAGAUCAUUGGCUAUUGUGCCUGAAACACAUGGUAAUGAUAUGGGAAAACACUGAUGUGUCAAAAUAGUCAGUAAGUAUAUGUCAAUGGGAAAACACUAGUGUUGAAUCAACUUUCCCUUUCCUUGUGUCAUGUUGAAUCGAAUAGGCCUGUUUCAUAUCUAUUGGAGGAUACCUGAUAUCAAAAUGAGGAGGUCAGAGGCCCGAAUGUAAAUGAUAAUAGAGGCUUUCAACAGCAAAAGAUUCUUCAUUCAGCACAUGACCAGUGCAUGUAUUGGAGGUAUCUGUGGACAACCAAUGAGGGACGGUCGUAAUAAAGUUUACAAAUCACUUUCUGGUAUGAUUGAAGGCAAAGAGGGAAGAUUCUUCAAGACCCUGGCUUGUAGGAUUGCCAAACCUGUUGUCCCUGCAGGCAUUCAUUGGGGACUUUUUGAUUCAGAAAGAAGCAGGACAAAAUGUCAUUUAACUAGGGAUCGUGAGGAGGGAUCUGAUUUUAUGCCAGCUCAGUUUGAAUUUCUGCUCAAAAGUAAACUUUCAAACAAGUCAAGGUUGGAAAAUUUUCUUAAUGUUCACAUCUAAGAAAGCAUAUUUCUUGAUACUAAUCUAUGCUAAGCCACCUGAUCAAGCAGACAGAAUGGGCUUUCUCAAUGGUAUGUGUUACCGUCAGGAUUUUUUAAAUAAACCCUGUACUUUCAUAUUGGCAGAUAUGCCCUGAAUACUUGUAAUCGUGUACUCUCAAAGGUCUAGUAUAAAUACUGGACCCGUCUGUCUUGUAAAACGGAUUCUUGUUUUUCAUUCAAUAAAGUUUUUCCUUCCUUUCCAAAAGUGUUGCGGGAUCUCCAGCACACCAGAUUGAGGACUGCCAUUCUACAUGGUAUCAGAGCCAAGGUGAGGGUUUCGAAUCCCUCUCUCUUGACGAUCUGUGGUUAGUUGUGAGGGAGGUACCACUGCUGCUGGUACCACAUCUAUCUAGCGAGGGACACACCGUUUCUGGUGUCCCUUCAUAGAGUGAAUAUCGGUGCGAUCGCUCUAAUUCACUUCUGCACUUAGUGAUUCUGAUAUUACAGUCUUUCUACCGUUCUUUGAAUAUUCUUGUUCAAGAUUUGGUCACAAAAUCAGUUUUUCGUCGGGUAGACUGCUAUUUCUUGAAAUGGAAACUACAGGAGAUGUUGCUUCAUCUUCUGGGGCUGAUUCAAUCUCCACAAGCGAGGUUAAUCUUGUUCCUGUCGACACAAAUUAUUGAUAGAACUCCCUGCAAUGCCUCUAGAGUUUAAACUUAUGGGAUAUAAUUUGAGACAAUGGUCAGGAUAUAUAUGCGAAGUAUUAAUUGGAAGAGGCAUGAUACACCACUUGAGAGAGGGGAAACCAAACCCAAUGUCAUGAUAACUUGGUAAUGGGGAACCAUGAUUCCCAAAUCAGUCGUGAUAUUUUCUUCUUAGCCACUGUCAAGGACUUGUGGGAGAUGGUUCACACCAAAUUCUCACAGAAAAAUAGUGAAGCUCACAUAUAUGAACUGGAGACAGUCAAUGUCAAUGAUGCAAGAGAGUAACAUAGUGAUGGAAUAUGCAGGAGAAUUAAAGAAUCUAUGGGUGGAACUUGACUAUUAUCCUAGUCUUGACAUUGAAAAACCGGUUGAAAUUAUUGCAUUACGAAAUUUCAUAGAUAGAAAGAGAGUGUUCAAAUUCUUGGCUGGUCUUAAUCCUAUGUUUGAUCAGGUCAGGUAACAGAUAUAGAGCUGUGAGAAGAAAGUUGAGUUAGAUGAACCUAUUUUGAUCAUCUUAAAUGAAAAAAGUCUCAGGAAAUUAAUGAUGUCAGGUCCAGAAAUAGAUAAUUCAACAUUUAUGAUUAAACAAGGCGACAAUAUGAAAAAGACUGUUGAUCCGCCCAAACCAUCUCAACAGCGUCAAGGAAGGAAUCAGAAAAUUGACUCUAGAGACAAUUUAUGAUGUACGUACCUCAGAAAACCACAUCACACUUUAUCACUGAAAAACAUGACAGUCAAGUACAUUUUACAGCAAAUUUACCUGCAAAACAGUCAACAGAUUUCAAUCAGAAACAACACUCAUCUUCAUAUCAGAUGAAUUAAAUAGAAAAACUUCAAGCUGAAUUGGGAAAAUUGAAGUCAACAAUGACACAAUCAUCAUCAGUCCAGCAAAGUAAGCUUCAUCACUCUCUCAGAGUUAGAGCUUCUUCAAGAGAUAUUUCUAACUCUUGGUUUGUGAACUUAGGGGCAAUGGACCAUGUAACCCUCUCACCAUUUUACCAACUACAAUCCUUGUUCUAGUGACAAAAAAGUUACAACUGCAGACAGAUCUUUUCUAAUAGUUGCAAGAAUAAGAGACAUUCAACUUAAACCCUUUGACAUUCUUCCUAAUAUACUUCAUGUUCUCAAAUUAUUUAUAAACCUUAUUUCUAUUAAGAAGCUUAUGAGAGCCUCACCUUAUUGUGCCCUCUUUAAUGAAUAUGUUUGUAUAAUAUUUGAUAAGGUAUAUUAUUAGAAGAUUAGGGUUGUUAAAGAACAUGAUAGAUUUCAACUUCUAGAAAGCUUGAGCCAAACAUAUAUAGUGGAAGCAGAUCAAUGCAUACAAUCUCUAGAAGCUGUCAAUAAGAUUCAUCUACUUCAUCAAAGGAUGGGUCAUCCUUCCUUUAGUACCUUAAAGAAUGUUCUUACUUCUUUGUUUCAAAGAGGCUCCUUAGACACUCUCAAAUGUAAUGUGUGUGAGCUUUCUAAACACACAAGUUUCAUUUCAAUUUCAAGGAGAAAGGAGUGAUAUUCCUUUCUUCUGAUUUAUUAUUUCAGCUUAACCAUUUUGAUGUGGAGUAUAUACACAAGAAGAUUCGUGUAUAAUUCCUUCUAUUUUAAAGAAUAAAUUUAAACUUUGACUAAAAUAUUCUUUAACAUUAUCUGAUCUACUUGUACCAAAUUGAUUCUUUAUCAUGGUACAAAAGAAUUUAAGAGCAUCACAUACAUCAGAUUUUUGUUUAAGAAGAAAUACCUACAUACAUCUUGUGCAAUCAUCAAUGAAGGUAACAAACUAUUUAUUACCACAAAUAUUAUUGAUAGGAUAUGGACCCCAAUUAUUACUAUGAAUUCAAAAGAAAAGAAUAUCAUUCAUUUCUUUUUGAAAUUGAAGUGAAGCCUGUGUGUGUUUAAAAGGCUCACACGCAUUACAUUUUAGAGUGUCUAGGGACACUCUUUGAAACAAAGAAGAAAAAAUAUUCUUUAAAGUAUGAAAGGAGGGAUGAUCCAUCCUUUGAUGAAGUAUAUGAUUUUUAUUGACACUUUCUAAAGGUUUUAUACGUUGAUUUGCUUCCACUAUAUAUGUUUGGCUCAAUAUUUUUAGAAGAUAAAGUCCAUCAUAUUCUCUAACAACUCUAAUUUUCUAAUGUACUUUAUCAAAUAUUAUACAAAUAUCUUUGUCAAAGAGGGCCCAAUAAGGUGAGGCUGUCAUAAGCUUCUUAAUAGAAAUAAGGUUUGUAAACAAUUUGGUAACAUGAAGCACUUAGGAAGAAUGUAAAGGGGUUUAAGUCGAAUAUCUCCUAUACUUGCAAAGUUUAAAUUUAUUUUUUAAAACAUAAGAAAUUAUACAUGAAUCUUCUUGUGUAUAUACUCCACAAUAAAAUGACCUGGCCAAAAAGAAAAAUCGGCAUAUUUUAGAGGUAAUUAUAUGUUUUUUCUCACACCCCUCAAGUUGGUGAACAGGCAUUCUUCAUUCUCAACUUGAAAACAAUACUCUGAAAUAUUGGACUACGUACACCCUUAGUAAAUACAUUUGCAAGUUGGUUAUAUGUUGACACAUAAAUGUACAAAUCAAUCCACUCUCAAACUUCUCCUUGAUGAAGUGUUUGUCAAUUUCGAUGUGUUUUGUUUGACCUUGUUCUAUCGAGUUGUGAGCUAUCCUCAUGGUAAACCUGCUGUCACAAUAAUCUUAUUGGGUCAUCUCACUUAAUCCUCAUGUCUUCUAGAUUGAUUUUCAAUAAAAAUAGUUCACAUAGACUUUGAACCAUUACUCUUAAGUCCACAUUUGUUUCUUACUUCUCCAUGUCACAAGAUUGCUACUAAGAAAGGGGUAAUAUUCAGAGGUUGAUCUCCUAUCUUCCACUGGCCGCACAUAAUCAACAUCUGUGUAUGGCUCAAGUAUCAAUCAUUCCAUUUCUGCUAAGCAGGGUACCUCUUUAUAUUGUCCCUUGGAGAUUUUGUAACACUUGGUGAGCUGCCUAUAGAUAGACUGCCUUUAUACUAUGUAUGAACUGACUAAUCACAUUAACUGCACAUGCUGUAUUUGGUCGUGUAUGAGACAAAUAAAUAAGUCUUGCUACCAGUCGCUGAUACAUUUCCCCAUCUAUCACAACAUCAUUUGCCUUUUCAAGUUUGAGAUUCAGAUCUAUUGGAGUAUUUGUUGGUUUACAUGUAGUCUUGUCUGUUUCUCUUGGUAACAUAUUUCUGUUGGGAGAUGAAGAUGUCCUACCUUGAGUGAGUGAGUUCAACCCUGAGAAAAUAUUUCAGCCCCUUCCUUAAUGCUUUGAUCUCAUACUCAUUAUGUAAACACUCACUCAUAAAUUCUCUUUAUCCUCAUUAUCAAUCACUAUUCUGUCAUCAACAUAUAGCACGUGUUGUAACUCUGCUUGAAGAUGAUUAUUCAAUAAAUGGUGUGUGAUCUACUUGCAGUGAAAGGAUUGUUGUUGUUGUUUGAAAAACAAACUUGAUGUCAGCAAUAAUGUCUGAAAAGAUCGACAAUGAUGGUCAAUGAUCAGAAAAGGGGAUAUUCGAAAUCAAAGCUGAAUAGAUUGACAAUAAAGGUCGAUGAUCAAAAAAGGUUAUUGUCAAUCAUGGCUGAAAGGUACGGCAAUGAAGGUCAAUGAUCAAAAUAGGGGUUAUGCAAACAAGGGUAGGGAAUAUUAGCCCACUGUAAUUGCUGACAGUGCAAUUAAUGACAACUCUAGGCUGGUCUUACAUCCAAUGCAAAAGAGGAGAAAAAAAGGCAAGAAUCAUUUGUUCAUAUGUCACUGCCUUCCUUCCAGGUUAUUAUGAACCAAGCUACCCUCAUCUAAACCCUAGGUUAUGGUAGAAGAAGUAAACCAUAAAUUCUCUAGAAAGGUAUCACAACUACAACUUGGUUCUGAUACCAUAUCAUGAGCAGCGGGGCAAACCCCAGGAGGAUAUGCAGAGGAAAAAAUCAACUUGUCUUCACAUCAUAGAUGAUUGCUAUAUAAAAGUACCAGGGCCACAAAACAAGUACAUAAGAACUAGGAAACUGACAAAUUAGGAAAAUGAUCCAACAAGUUGGAAACGGUCCAUCUGAGAACUCAACUCCUAAUUAUACAUCCUUUCCCACAGUCAUUAAUUUGGUGUGCAUAAUUUUUGCACAUCAUGAGAAAACUAAAUUCUCUACUCAUGUUAUGAUAAAUAUGCCAGCCUAUUGUAAUAUAUUUAUCUUUGAUGAGUGUUGUGAUGUGAUUACGUCUUUCUGUCACUGUAAUUCAUGAUUUAUUGGCUGAUUCGAUUAAUAUCAUGCUCCUUUUCCAUGGUCAUCAUUACUUAAUUUCUUACUAUUAUCUCAAAGAGUAUUUUUGAGGGUUGACUUUCGAUGAAACAGUGCCCUCCAAUUGGCAAAUGCAUGGAUUUGACAGACCAAUUUAUACUAAUGUGGUAUAUCCAUUUCCUAUAAAUCCGCCCUAUGUUCCAUCUGAAAAUCCAACUGGCUGCUACAGACAGUGCUUCCGUAUUCCGCAGGAAUGGAAAGGUACGCUCUUUCACCAUUAGAUUUCUGUUUUAGCAUGUUUUUUUGAUUUCAUUGAACCACAGUGAUGGUUGUUGUUCCGUUUUUUGAUUACACUUAUAGUAAAUGUCUUCAAUUAUUUUAAAAAAUUAACUAAAUAUUUAUUUUAUUAUGUACAUUGACUAUUACUUUCUGAAGUGGAACUUUAACAUAGAUAAUAAAAUAGUGUCUGCUGCUACUGACUUCCGAAAGUAAUAUGCCAUGGGUCUCAAUAGAUAAAAUAACUUCGCUAUCAGUCAUGGAGUUAGAAACAAAAGGAGUCAUCAGAUGCCGUGUGCCAUUAUUCAGUAAAAAGAAGUCAAUCCUUUCUAAUCAGUUCACCAAUGGCGGUUUUUCUUCUUCUUCUUGCCUAUUCUAGAUUUAUGGUCUUCCUGGAUGUCUUUUCCACAUAUUUGCUUCCAUUAAAUAUUAUUAUUUCUCCCUUCUAAUCAAUUUCAUCUAGUUAUUCCCUUAUCUGUGUCCAUCUCCAUCAGAAGACUUUUAAAUAGCAAAGAAAUUCACUGCAAUCCUUAACUAGGUAGAGUUGGGAAGUGUAUAUCUUUAAUUACUGAAAUGGAACAACUUUGGUCUGAGAAGUAUUUGGUUUAAUAUAUUGUAGCCCAUAUGACAUGUCUUGGAAUGCGUACAUCAUAUAAAUACUACUUUGCAUUAUGAUUCGUCUUUAGCUACUCUAAUAUAUUGUAGCCCUUGGCAUUAAUGUUGUCCAGACAACUUUCAUUUUAACAUUGAACAUUCAUUGCCCUCUGAACAAAUAGGCAACCUAUGAGAUUUUUUUGGAACAUAACUGAUGAUGGACAAAGCAGAAAGCAAGGAACAGUUAUGUCUCUAACAUAUAACAAUAAUUUCUCGCAGAAAGCAGGUGACAGUUAUGGAAAGUAUCUUGCAUCUUGCCAUAGCUGCUGCAAAAAACUAUUUCAAGAAAAUAUUCUUGUUGGUUAGUGCAGGGAUUUUUAAACCUUUCUUGAUUGAUUUAGAUCAUUUGUGCUCAAUUUUUGUUCUAUUGGCAUGCAUAUUAGUUUUAGAGUGACUUUAGUGUAUAGCAGAUUAUCUGCUGGAGGACAUAGUCAUUACAUCAAAAGUGCACAACUUUGAGCUGUAUCUGUUACGCAGAACAAGCUUUUUGCUAUAUUAGGCUUUCCUUCUAUUUUUCCUUUCUUUCCUAUUAUUAGAUGUAUUUCCUUUUUCACGUUUCUGUUAUUAGACCUUUCCGUAAUACUGGAAAGGUUUAUUAGAUGCCAAUAUAAAUACUGGCAUACUGCCCCGAGAAGGGCUAAGACAGUUUUUCCUUUCCUACUUCCGCUGUAUCUCGUAACAUGGUAUCAGAGCUUUCUCUCUGAUCCUGCAUGAAGACCGCCAACGGAAGAUCAACCAACCUUGGUGGUGAUGACAACUUCACACUGUAGGGAGUGUCGCUUGGUGAUCUUCUUGCCUGCAGUACCUGAAAUCGUGAGGUUUCUUGGUCGUAAGCAGAUCGGUGGAUUCCUUGGAGAGUCACUACACCAUCAUCGUUUCUUGGCGGUGGGAGACAUCUAUAAAAACACUAUCGUCGAUUUUUGACGGUCGCAGGACGUCUACGAAUACAUCGUUGUCAUUUCUUGAUGGUGGCAGAUGUCUGCAAAUACGCCAUUGUCGUUUCUUGACAGUGGCAGUCAUCCUCAGUUUCUUGAACAGAAACUUUUAUUCGGACCACAUUAGGGAAUCUCUGUUUGAGAUUUUUUGGCUAUCUGGUCACGGCUGAAGAACAUGGAGACAAAGGUCAGUGAAUCUUCCUCCUCUAGCCCAGGCAUUCAUUUGAAGUAAUUAAGGUAUAUUCAGAUCUACCUAAAAUUGCUGAGAGAUUCCAAUUUGACGGAAUCAAUUUGUUCCAAUGGACAUCAAAUGUGGAACUUAUUCUACGUGGGAGAAAUCUGGAUCGUCACCUAAUGUAAUCCUUGCCAAGUAUUGACAACCCAGUGUUGCGCCCAUGAUUCAAGGAGGAGCUAGUCAAGACAGAUCUACUUCCUCUCAACCUUCAGAGAUUGGAAAACUCAGAAGAAAUUGAACAGGUAAGGAGCAUGAUCAGCUCCACCUUCCUCGCAUGUUAGAGCACGGGAUAAACUCUACUGCACAGGGCGUCUGGACAAGACGUUGUUCAUGAAUUCCAGUCCAAACAUCUCCCAUGAACAAAUUAUUGUUGUUGCAUUGUCGCUUAGGACAUCCGUCCAUAAAUGUACUUAGAUAUUUGUUUCCAAAACUAUGUCACGCAAUUGGUGAAUCUACUUUCAUAUGUGAACCCUGUCAAAUGGCUAAGUAGUGACGAAUUUUAUUUCCCUCUGCUAGAAAUAAAAGUGAAUCCCUUUUUUACAGAAUACAUUUUGAUAUAUGGGGUCCUUCUUCAUCCAGUGGUGUUACAGACUUUAGAUGGUUUAUCAUCUUUGUAGAUGACUGUACUAGGUUCACAUGGAUUUACCUAAUGAAAACAAAAUCAGAAGCUAGUAGCGUCAUUCAGAGGUUUAUCAAGCUAAUUCAAAAUCAGUUCAGUAUAACUCCUAAGAAAUUUCGAUCAGACAAUGCUAAUAAUUUUUUCAAUUCUAUUGUCUCCAAUUUCUUUGCUGAGGAGGGCAUUUUUCAUGCAUCUUCUUGCCCCUAUACACCUCAGUAAAAAGGGGUAUCUGAAAGAAAGAUUGGGAAACUGCUGGAAAUAACAAGGGUUAUUAUGUUUAAAGUUCAAGUGCCGAAAUAUUUAUGGAGUGAGGCAAUACUAACGGCCACUCAUCUUGUUAAUCAUCUCUCAUCUCAAGCAUUAUUAUUUAAGACUCCUAAAGCCUUAUUGCAGGGUUAUUAUCCGACUGUGUAAUAUGGACCAGAUUUACCUCUUCGAGUAUUUGGGAGUGUUACAUACAUCCAUAAAUCUCAAAAUGGACUAUCUAAAUUUGCCCCUAGAGUCAUAAAGACAGUCUUUGUGGGCUAUUCCAAUACACAAAAAGGGUAUAAAUUUUAUGACCCAAGACAUUAAAAAUUUAUUGUGACAAUUAAUGUCACAUUUGAUGAAAGUAGCAUGUAUUUCCAGCAGACAACAACUCAAGUAUCUAGCUGUGAUAUUCCUGUGCUAGACAAACACGAUUUACACAUUAAGAUUCUCAAGGAGAAUGAAGCUCUUGAAGUUAUUAGUAAAUUUUCGAACACCUCCACCUCGACCAAAUCGAUUUGGUCGAGGUUAUUAGCAAAGAAAGCCAAGGAUAAUCAAAGAUACCCAUGAACAGGAUCUGCCUGAUGUAGCAGAUGCCCAUGAACAACCUGACUCAGCAGAUGCUCAUGAACAACUUGACACAGCAAAUACCCAUGAACAGGAUCUGCCUGAUGUAGCAGAUGCCCAUGAACAACCUGACUCAGCAGAUGCUCAUGAACAACUUGACACAGCAAAUACCCAUGAACAGGAUCUGCCUGAUGUAGCAGAUGCCCAUGAACAACCUGACUCAGCAGAUGCUCAUGAACAACUUGACACAGCAAAUACCCAUGAACAGGAUCUGCCUGAUGUAGCAGAUGCCCAUGAACAACCUGACUCAGCAGAUGCUCAUGAACAACUUGACACAACAAAUACCCAUGAACAAGAUAUGCAGUAGAUGCACAUGAUUCUAUUACUCAAGGAAAUGAAAGAAAUGAAAUCUACCUUAUUGCUCUCUACAAAGGAAUUAGAGAAUGUACAAAGAAAAAGUUUUAUCCAUCUUGCAAUUAUAUAUCUUAUCAUUGCCUAUCUUCAUAGUAUGGGUCAUUUCUGUCAGCUAUUGAUAAACACGAUACUCCUCAAAACACUAAUGAAGCUUUCAAAACCCCUCUAUGGAAAAAAGCAAUGGAUGAGGAGAUUCUAGCUCUAUAGAAGAAUUAAACUUGGGAACUCGUGCUACUUCCUAAAGGGAAGAAAAUCGUUGGUUGCAGAUGGGUAUACACUAUUAAAUAUAAAUCUGAUGGGACUGUUGACCAUUUUAAAGCUUGGUUGGUGGCAAAAGGCUUCACCCAAUGUUAUGGUAUUGAUUACAUGGAAACCUUUGCUCCAGUUGCAAAGAUGGGAACAAUUCAGAUAUUAAUAUCUUUGGCUGUGCAUUAUGGAUGGUCCUUAUUACGAUUUGAUGUGAAAAAUGCAUUCUUACAUAGAGAAAUCUCAGAAGAAAUAUAUAUGGAGCUUCCACUAAGAUACAAAGACCCAAAUGAUACUCUAAAGGUAUGUAAACUUAAAAAGGCAUUAUAUGGCUUAAAAAGUCACCAAGAGCCUGGUUUGGUCGCUUAACUAAAACAAUGAGAGCUUUCGGGUUCAAGCAAACCAAUGGAGAUCAUACUUUAUUUUAUAAACGAUCGAGUUCAGAAAAAAUGACGAUCUUACUAGUAUAUGUCGAUGACAUGAUUGUCACAGGAGAUGAUAUGUAAGAAAUUACUUCUCUUCAUAAACAACUAAUAGUUUUUUUUGAUAUCAAAGUGUUGGGACAACUAAAAUACUUCUUGAGAAUUGAGGUAGCCUACUCUCGUGGAAAUUUACUCCUAUCUCAAAGAAAGCAUAUUACAGAUUUACUCAAAUAUACAGGCAUGAGUAACUAUAAACUAGCGUGUACACCAAUUGAAGCAAAGCAUUAUAUUAGGGCUUCAAAGGAAAAUGAUCAAGUAGAUAGCGGGUCUUAUCAAUGGCUAGUGAGAAAAUUAAUUUAUCUAUCCCAUAAUAGACUGGAUAUUGGUUACUCAGUUGGAGUGCUAAGUCAAUAUAUGCAUGACCCUAGGGAGGUACAUCAUCAAGCUGUUCAACGAGUCCUAGCUUAUCUUAAAGGAACAAUUGGCAUGGGAAUCCUGUUUAAAAGGGGAGAUUCUCUUAAAGUAGGCAUCUAUACUGAUGCUGACUAUGCUGGUUCAGUUGAUGAUAGGUGCUCUAGUAUUGGCUCUUGUUGUCUCAUUGGAGGAAAUUUGGUCACUUGGUGAAGCCAAAAAUAUAGAGUUGUGGCUCCAUUAAGUGCUAAAGCAGAAGUUUGGGUUAUGGCCCUUGGGAUUUGUUAAGGCAUUUGGAUAAAGAAUAUACUAAAUGAUUUACAAAUACCCAUGGAAGGUUCGAUUACCUUGUUCUGUGACAAUCAGUCCGCAAUAAGUAUUGCACAUAAUCCUGUUCAGCCUAACAAGACCAAACACAUUGAAGUAGACAAACAUUUUAUUAAAAAGAAACUCGAAUCAGGAAUGUUUUGCACAGAAUAUGUCUCAUCUACAAAUCAGUUGGCUGAUAUAUUAAUGAAAGGCAUUUCGGCAACAGAUUUCUGCAAACAAAGGAGCAAGCUGGGCAUGAAUGAUAUCUAUGCACCAGCUUGAGGUGGAGUGUUAUGCAAAACAAGCUUUUUGCUAUAUUAGGCUUUCCUUCUAUUUUUCCUUUCUUUCCUAUUAUUAGAUGUAUUUCCUUUUUAGUGUUUCUGUUAUUAGACCUUUCCGUGAUACUGGAAAGGUUUAUUAGACGCCAAUAUAAAUACUGGCGUACUGCCCUGAGAAGGGCUAAGACAGUUUUUCCUUUCCUGCUUCCGCUGUAUCUAUUUUGUUGGCAGAGAAAUUUCCGUCUUUAACUUCAUUGGGAAAAGUUUGUGACAUAAGAUUUCUUAAAACCGGAGCCUGUAAUUCACAAUAAUAAAUAAUUUUUUGUUCGCUGCUUUAGGAGCAUAGGCAGUUUAGUUGACGCUUCUUCUUUCAUGACUGAUGUCCACAUAGUUUGACUUCAGAUCUAACUCAUCCUCUCAUGCAUGGACAAUGUAGGCCGUCGCAUCUUAUUGCACUUUGAGGCUGUUGAUUCAGCAUUCAUUGUGUGGGUAAAUGGGAUUCAAAUUGGUUAUAGGUAUGUAUCAAGCAUUCUUUAUUAUUAGUCCUUAUUCUACUAUUCCAAAUACAUAUAUUAUUGUUUGCUGUUUGCAUUUUGGAAAAUGUUCUAUUUUUUUUUCUUUGUGAAGAUGCCACUAAUAUUUUGUUUGUAUUGCUUGCAUUUUUAUGGUACUCGUCCUCCUUUUAUUUUCUACGCCAAAGGUCAACAACUUUGUAGAUAUUCAACAUAUAUUAACAUAACUGAAUGAUUUCGCAAGCGUUUGUAUAUUAAUUGUUCUAUAUUUCAUACUCAAAGUUUUCAUUGUCUACUAGCCAACGUGGAUGGUUAAGCAUUUUAUUUUUUACUGGUAAGCUGGCAUUUGUCUUCGAUUACUUGAAGGUAUCUGUGGUGUACAUAUAUAUAUAUAGAUUUCUUAAUGAGUCAUGCAAUCCUAUCCUCUUCUGUACUUCUGAUUCGGAUCUGGUCUUCAGGGUUUCACAAGUCUAUCUGAUGCAAAUGUCCCAUCUACUUCAACUCCAAGGACCUUUUAAUCAGUUACCCACCCACCUAUGAAGUCUCAGUCAGGUUUAGGUUUAGUAGUGCCAUUCAGUAUGUUCGACAUUCUUUCCCUGAUCAGACAACCAUGAGCUCUAAACCCCUAAUUCGGAUUAGGUUAAAAAGUAGAUGCCUGGAAACAUCUCGUUGGAGGAUGACUUAGUUACAUUUUACACCUACAUCAACGCAUUGUUGUCUCUCUAUUAAGAGUAAAGGCUCACAUGGUGCCCAAAUGAAGCUGGGCUGUGUUAACACGUCCCUUAUUUUAAAAAUACAUCCAAAAUUUUGUAUAAUAUUGAGAACUAAUUUUUUCGUGCAAGUAGACAUUUUUAACUAACAUUACAAUAUCCAGACUUUCCAUAAUUGUUUUAUAAUGGAGUUAAAAUGACUCUCCUUUCAAAAGUCAUACUAGAUUUGCAAAGUAAUGUCGCUCCUUUUUUUGGUUAAUGCAAUAGCCUGGUUGUAAUGAGCACACAAUUUAACAUCUUGUAGACGUUUAAUUAUAAAUAUGGAUAUUUUUAUUUACUUUACAGUCUGAACUUAUAAAAGAAGCCAGUGACUGAGCUUGUCAUUUUUUCUUGUUUUCCUUUUUCAUCCUAUAAGUUGAAUAUUUCAUACCUUCAAGGACUACAUAUAGAAGAAUUUCAUAUGAAACUUUCUAACAUUUAGACUUUGUGAUAUAAACAAAAAAGUCUCAGGAAAUCAUUGCGAUUUUAUUUUUCACAAUUCAUGCUGUCUCCUUGUAGUCCGGUUUUGGCUUUCCUUUUCAACUUGGAUUACCUCAGCCUUGCCCAUUCAUCUGAAUAGGAGGUCCGAUAUAAUUAAACUGCACGUCUCUUCUCCACCCGAGGUCUUAGAGUAAGCUUUGAACUUAGGAUACAUGUCCUUUGACGAAAGGUGUUUCAGGACGUGGCCAUAACUUCUAUAUAAUAUUGAAGUAACUGUGUUCUUAUUGGAAAUUCGUGAAACUGGGCUUUCGUUGACGUGAAGCUAAGAUUCUAUCAUAAAAUAUGGAUGGCUCAGAUAGAUUAAAUUGUCAUAAUUGGACAACAGUCUUUGAUGUUACACUAGUAUAGAGGAUGGAAUUUCCUUUUAUGAGCAUUGUAGUUCAUCAUUGAUAUCCGGAUGAGAUCCCAUCAUUGUUAACAACUGACAUUGAAACAUUUCUUUUACCCUGUUUUUCAGUUGCCGUCACUUAAUUUGUUGACGCCAUGUAAAUCAGUGUAGCACAGAAACUAAUUUUUUGGCAUUCUUCUUGUGAAAGGGGAACACUUGGUUCAUGAAGAAUUUCAUAGAUUGUAGAGGGGGAUGGAGCAACACCUGAUUAAGCUAGAGGUUGAGAUAGAGAGAGAAUUGGAGUUGAAAAGACACUCAGAAACCCUAGGCGGUUGCAGUGGAGAAGUAUUUCUUUUCUUAUCAUUAGCUGUCCCGUAAGGUAUCGCUACAACUGAUGCAUACAUAGUGGGCCCAAAGUGGGUCCAAUAUCUAACGGGCCCAAGCAACACGAACUCCUUCCUAACAUUGCUCAACGUUUCCAAGUAGCAAAUACCUCAUUUCUUUUUUAUUUGAUUGUUUGGGAAUUUUUAUUUGAGAAGUUCACACUGUAAGGACUUAACCAUCAUCAGAUUUUGAAAUGUGACAAAGAGGCCAAAAAGUGUCAAUAUGAAUACCAUCUUUAUUAGGGCUUUCUAUUUUAUCCGCACUUGGGUAUCACUUCUAUAAUGAAUUAUGGGCAAUCGUUGUAGUGUGGAAAGUAUUUAGAGGACAUUAGCUCAUUUGACUCUGUUUGGAGUGUGCAGUUGAUUGUACAGCGAAAGACAUUUUUUAUGCUUUCGCCAUGCAUCAGUAGUUCUUAUAUUAUCCUUGUGUCAUGGACACAUUUGGUCAGUUUGUAUUGAACUUUAAGCUUAAUAUGCGUUCAUGAAGCAAAUGUGUACCAGUUUCUUGCGUUUCUAAGUGAUGUGCUAAAAAACCUUCCCACUUUUAGAACUAAUGACAAACUAUCCUGAUUUUCUGUAUCAGUCAGGACAGCCGGCUUCCUGCAGAGUUUGAGAUCACAAAUUGGUGUCAUCCUUUUGAUUCAGACAAAGACAAUAUUAUCGCUGUCCAAGUAAUGAGAUUUAGUGAUGGUUCAUACUUGGAAGAUCAAGACCAUUGGUGGUUGUCGGGUAUUCAUCGAGAUGUACUUCUGUUGUCAAAGCCCCAUGUAAUAUCCUCUCUGAUGUCCAUAUAUUUAUAUAAAUUUCUUCUUAGCUGAUGUUGAUCCUUUUGAUGAUAAGUUGUUCUAGAUCAGCAUGAACUUUGACUUCCCUAUUACAUGACCUUUUUCAUGUAGUUAAUUUCUAUCAUUUUUAGCUUUUUUCCCCCUAUUAAGCAAACCCUAUAUGAUAUAAGAUGCAAUAUCUUUCAAAUCAGACCAUGUACUCAGAAUCAGCCGACUCAGAUUGUAAUCUGCCAUACGGUUGGCCAGUCAUGGGAGCUUUAAGAAAUUUAUUUAAGUGUAGAAAGAAGCUGUUAACUGCACUAAUGGAUUCUUUGUAAAAUUGUUUACUGUAUCAAUGUUUUCCUUUGUGUUCCAAAAUUGAUCUCUUUCCUCAAAAUUUGCUGAUUAUGCUGAUCGGACCAUUACCUAGAUCAGAUCAGAGCAGGACAACCUGGCCUUCUGACCCCAUUUCAGUUACAAUAUUGAACCAGGCACAGGGUUUCAUUUGGCAAAUUUGUGCAUGUUGCAUUAAGCAUCUUGAUACUGCUCAAAUACAUAUUCAUAGUGAUAUGUGAUGUUUCAAUCUAUUCAGAUGUUUUAUUUUCUUGUUUUAUAGCCCGAUAUGCAUAAUGCUGAAUGUUUAAAAGUGUUUUUCUGAUUUUGCGGUUCAAUCUACUUGAAAAGUGGACUACCUUAUUUUGAAGUCCUGACAUUGAUAACUUGUAUAUCAUGGCACAAUUCUCUAAGGACACGGGCUAGUACCUAAUAUGUAUUUUCUGGAUCAGCCACCUUGCACAUCUAAUCUAUAUGAUCGGACCAACUCAGGUAACUGUGUUGCAUAUCACAACGGGAAUGUUGAAAAUUUUGAGUUGAAUGACAUGUGUCAGUCCAAGAUGGUCCAUGUCUUUCUUUUCUUGAACUCAAACCAUAGAGAGGAGCUUGGGAAGGCCCUCUUUUUGUACUGGUAUCAAUAGAAAAGCAAUACAAAUGAGAUACUUCUCUCCUACCACUGCAUCCCUUAAUCUUCAUGUUAUGUGCGAAAUAAAUCUUCAUGAUAUCAUCUGUUGUAGAGCUUCUCCUAGCUUUGCCUGAUCAUCAGGCCGACCCAUAAAUUAUCAUCAUGUUAUGGUUGCUCAUGCAGAUGUUUAUUGCUGAUUAUUUCUUCACAUCAAGCCUAGGUGAAAAUUUUCUCUAUGCUGAUGUUCAGGUAUGUGGUCUUCCCUCGCUUAUUCACCUGCUGAUUCUAUCACAUUAUUCCCUGUCUGCUUUUCGCAAAAUUAGCAAAAAGUCAACGUUAUGGUUUUAUUCUAGAAGGGUUACAAGAAAUUCUCUCUUGUUUAUCUGUUGGUUUGUUUAUUUCUAAUGGAUAAUUUAGCUUCGGACCUGCAUUACCGGUGGACAAUGCAGAAUCAUAUCCAGUGUGGGAGCUAACACGGUGAACAACUUUAUUUUUAGGAAAUUUAGUCGAAAAUUCAGGCUAAAUAGAAAUGUCUUACUUGUUGGGGAUCUAGUGCUCCUAGAUUAGAAAUGAGGAAUCUAGAUUAUGUAGCUUCUUAUUGCACACAGUUAGUUCUUAUUGCCAUAACUGCUCUUGCCAUAACCGCUCUUGCCAUAACCGCUCUUUGUUAUAACUGUUCCUUGUCAUAUUGUUCCUUGCCAUAACUGUGCCUCCCCUCAAUCAUGCUUAACCGUUAUUAACUUAUUGGGCUUUGGGCCUUCUUCCUUCUAGCAUAUGUGCGUGGAGCCUUAUCACUAUCUUACAAAGUUGUGGUAGAGUAUCUCCUCAGUGAAAUGAUGGUAAUAAGAGUCAGCAAAAUAUACUAGUCAUCAAUUCCUCUGUUAGAAAUAUCUUACUUGCUACUGUUCAUCCAUUUUUUUCUUUAAUAUAUGCUUGUGAAUCAACUACCCAAAAAAAAAGUUUCUGAUCUUCAUCUAAUUCUCUAAGCAAAAUUCAUAAUAUUUCAUGGGAACGAGUAUGGUAUUUUGAAGUUAAUGACAAGGCGUAUGAGGAAUUACUUUUCAAACUACGGGUUUACCUACGAAGUACUAAUUUUAAUGCUGCUCCAAUAUGAGGUCUUAAAAUUAUGUUAUUCUCUGAGACCAAAUUGUAAAAGUCUGGAACUAUUGACUAGUUUAUUUGUAAAGACAGAUAUAGGGAUAAGAAACUAGAUCAAAGAAAUACAAAUAAUUCGUAUUAGAUGAAAGAAACAAUCUCUAGAUCAGAAAUACCAAAGAUAAAACACAGUUAAAGAACCCAGAACAGAUGGAGGGUUGCAUAUAACCCUAGAACCCAGAAUAGAUGGAGGGUCGCAUACAACCCUCCAACCCUUUCUCGUAGAAGCACAAGAUACUAUCUCCGAUUUUUCCUUCCCCUUUUCUUCAUGAUCCGUCCCUCUUUAUAUUCUCUCCUUUCUCUCUCUUAUUUAGGCAGUUAGUCUCCUGCCAUAACUACUCUUGCCAUAACCGCUCUUUGCCAUAACUGCUCUUUGUCAUUUUUUUCCUUGCCGUAACUAUGCCUUCCUUCAAUCCUGCUAACUGUUAUUGACUUAUUGGGCUUAGGGCCUUCUUCCUUCUAGCAUCUUUGCGUGGAGACUUAUCAAUACUCCCCCCCAUGAGCUUCACAUUGUCCUCAAGGUGGAAGUUCAGAAAUUGUUGGUUGAGGGAUGAAGCUAAUUCCCAUGUAGCUUCAAAAUCAAGGAGAUCAGCUCAUUUGACUAAGACUUCUGUGUCAAAAGAGGAAUUCCGAAUGGCGAGGAUAUCUUGGGGGGUCACAUUCCAUUCCAAAGCAUCAGUCAGUAUGCUUGGAAUGGGUUGAUAGUAAGCAGAAUUCCCUAGUGCUUUGCAAAGUUGAGAAAUAUGAAAAAUUGGGUAAAUAGUUAUGGAGCUGGGAAGUUCCAAUUUGUAUGCCACCUGGCCAAUGCGCUCCUGGAUAGGGUAAGGGCCAAAAAUUCUCGGACUUAGUUUUUUCUUAGCUUUCUUGGCUAAUGAUUUCAUAUGAUAAGGUCGGAGCCUGAUAUAAAUCAAAUCACCCACUUAACUCUGUCUCGUUGAUGUUUGUCAACUUGUGCUUUCAUCUUGGACUGUGCGGCCAAGAGAUGUUCCUUGAGAAGUUGAAGUGUAUCAUUCCUUUCUUUUAGAUAAGUGUUGACUGCAAUAAUUGGUGACAUAGGAGAUCCAUAACAUGUAAGUGUGGGAGGGUCCCAUCCAUGAACUACUUUAAAAGGAGUCAUCUUGAUGGCAGAAUGAUGAGAAGUGUUGCAAUUAAGUUCAUCCCAAUGUAACCAGUCACUCCUUAACUUAGGUUUAUCAUAAGUAAAGCAUCAAAGAUAAUUCUCUAAGCUUCGGUUCACCACCUCCGUUUGCUCAUCUGUUUGUGGGUGAUAGAAAGAACUCAUUUUCAAUUCUAUGCCUUGAAGUUUGUUGAGUGCUUUCCAAAAAGUGCUGGUAAAUACAGUCCCUCUAUCAGUCACAAUAGAUCUUGGAAUGCCAUGCAGCUUGAUGCUUUCCUUUGCAAAGAUUUGGGCAAUGUCUUUAGCUGUGAAUAGAUGUCUGAGGGGUAUAAAGUGACCAAAUUUGUUGAUUCUGUCUACUAUGACUAGAAUGGAGUCACAACAUUUAGAUUUAGGGAGACCUAUAAAAUCCAUGGAGAGGUCUUCCCACGUCAUAUUCAGAAUAGGCAGGGGCUGCAAAAGUCCUAUUGGUGACAAGGUCAAAACCUUAUUCAAUUGACAGAGAGUGCAUUCAUUAAUAUGCUGUUUUAUUCUUUUCUUCAUGGCAGGCCAAUAAAUGUGUUGAGCAAUUUGUUGGUAGGUUUUUAAAAAUCCAGCAUGAGCCCCCAAUGGGAUGUCAUGAAAUUCACGUAGUAACGUGGAGAGAAGAAUAGAUGUAAGGGGUAACACGAGCUUGGUUUUGUAGAGAAGUGAUCCUUGUUGAAUUGAGUAAUGUGGAAAAGAAGUUGAGCCUUCUAUGAGUGCAAUUUUGAUUUUGGAUAGUCGCUCGUCAUCUUCCACUUCUUUGUUGAUUUUGGUUACAUCUAUUCCUUGUGCAAUGCACAUGAUUGCCACCACUGCCUCACGCAAUUGUGCUGCUCUAGAUAGUGCAUCCACAGUUGUAUUCUUCUUGCCUUCCUUAUAUUGUAUCUGAAAAUUAAAUCCCAUUAGUUUAAUGACCCAUUUGUGAUAUUCUGAGUGAAUCUCCUUUUGAUCGAGCAGAAAUUUUAAACUAUAUUGAUCUGUCUGAAUGAUGAAAGGGUGGAGCAUGAGAUAAUGCUUCCAUUUCCUGACUGCCAUCACAAUGGCAAUGAGUUCUCUCUCAUAGAUUGACUUUAGACGAGAGUAUUCCUUGAAAACAUGAUUGAAAUAAGCUACUAGUCGUCCUUCCUGCAUCAAUAUUACACAUAUCCCAUGUCCUGAAGCAUCAGUUUCAACUACGAAUUUCUGAGAGAAAAUAAGUAAGGCCAAACUAGUGUGGAAGUCAUCGUCACCUUCAGUUUAUGCAAAGCGUCUUGAGCAUUAGAGUCUCAAUGAAAAUAAUUUUUCUUGAGCAAUCUAGUCAGGGGCCAUGAUAAGGUGGCAUAACAUUUGACAAACUGGUGAUAAUAGCUAGUUAGUCCUAAGAAUCCUCGUAAUGCUUUCAAAUCCUUAGGAGUAGGCCAGUCCCAUAUUGCUGAAAUUUUUCCUUGAUCUGUAGAUACUCCUUUUGUAGGAACCCAAAGGCCCAGAUAUUCCAAUUGAGAUUGCCUGAAUUGACAUUUUUUUUCAUUGACAUAAAGGCUAUUAGCUAAAAAAAUAAACAAGACAUUAUCCAAAUGUUCAUCAUGUUCUUUAUGAAUCUUGCUAUAAACCAGGAUAUCAUCAAAAAAUAUCAAUACAAAUUUCUGUAGAUAAGGUUGGAAUAUAUCAUCCAUUAAAUAUUGAAAUGUGGUUGGGGCAUUAGAGAGCCCAAAUGGUAUAACCUUGAAUUCGUAGUGACACUCAUGGGUCUUGAAAGCGGUUUUCUGAAUGUCUUCUUGUUUCAUAUGGAUUUGAUAGUAAUCAGACUUCAAAUCUAGUUUAGAAAAAAUCGACAUUCCAUGCAGCUCUUCUAGAAACUCAUCGACAAUAAGAAUAGGGAACCUAUUUGGAACUGUGGAUUUAUUUAAAGCCUUGUAAUCAAUACAAAAUUGCCAGCUGCCAUCCUUUUUUUUAACUAGUAGUACAGGGCUAGCAAAUGGACUUUUAGAGGGUUGAAUGAUGCCUGCAGUACAUAGCUCAUGGACCAGCCAUUCAAUUUCAUCCUUCUGAAAUUGUGUUUACCUGUACGGUCGUAGAUAAUAGGCUGAGUACCUGGUAAUAAAUUGAUGGCAUGAUCAACUGUUCUUUCUAGAAGAAGCCCUGACAAGGUUUCAAAGACUUGUGGGAACCAUUUCUGCAAUCUGACCGCUAUCACUGACUAUUCUAGUGGGGAGCUAAAAUCCAAUGCGGUGCCAAACAAUUGGUGUAACUCUACUGCAUAUAUGUGGCUUCUGUUUAAUUCACGUUCUGCUGCUUUGAAAGAUAUUUAUGUUACGUUGUAUCCCCACGAAUGGUGUAGAUCGUAUUGUUGAGUAUAAAUUUCAUGAUUAAUUGCCCAUAGUAUGAAUGUAUUCACCUCAAUGUUUUAAGCCACUCCAUUCUUAGUAUGACAUCUGUGCUACUAAGAUCCAAGGGAAGGAAAUCUUGAAUAAUGAGGAGAUCUUGGAGUUUGAGUGGAAUGUUAUGACAUAUCCCAUGACCUUGCAUAGUAUGCUCAUUCUCCAUCACAAUACCAUAGCUGUGGAAUUCGCUGACAGGUAAGGAUCGCUCUUCCCUCAACUUAUUGCAGGCGAAAUUGUGGGUAGCACCAGUGUCUAUAAGAAUGGUUACCUGUUUAUCUUGCAUGAUGCCUUUUACCUUCAUUGUCCCAUGCUGAGUCAAUCCCAUGACGGAAUUUAAUGAAUCACGGGCUGUGAAUAGAGUACCUUCCUCAUGUGAGCAAAGCUCUAGUGGAGCCCAAUCUUCGUCUUGGAAGUCUUCUUGAGACUUCUCCUCCUCCUGGACAAUGAGUAUAUUAAGGUCCCACCUACAUCUGUGGCCUAGUACAAACCUGUCAUUACAAUAGAAACACAAUCCUUUGUUUCUUCUUUCUUGUAGUUCAGCUUCUGUUAGUUGUAACUAUCUUCUAUUCCCUUGUUAUUGCUCAUUUCUGAAAUUAGAUAUCAAAGGAGGCCUUUGUUGGUGCAAAGUAUAAGCAGCUCUGACAUGUUUGGGUGGUGGUUGUUCUUGCUUCCAUGCUUGCCAUAGAGUACGGAUAUGAGCUUCAGCCUGUACUGAUGUAUCCACAAUUUCACAUAACCUAAUAGACUUGGACAUAGAUAAUUCUGAUUGAAUCUCAGGCUUGAGUCUUUUCAGAUAUGUAUGCUCCAGUAUUUUUGUUGGUAUGUUCAGAAGAUAGGCUGAGAGUCGUUCAAACUCUGCCCUAUAUUUCAAGAUGGAACUCUCUUGUUUUAGGUUCAAAAGUUUCUGAUACAUGUUGUUUGUUACUGAUGAACCAAAUUGACCACUAAGUUGGAUUUUAAAAUCAUACCAGUCACGGAAUAGAAAAUGAUCUUCCAUCCACAGAUACCAAUCCAGGGCAUCACCUCCAACCCUUUCUCGUAGAUGCACGAGAUACUAACUCCGAUCUUUCCUUCCUCUUUUCUCCCUGAUCCACCCCUCUUUAUAUCCUCUCCUUUCCCUCUCUUAUUUAGGCAGUUAGUCUCCUGCCAUAACUCCUCUUGCCAUAACCGCUCUUUGCCAUAACUGCCCCUUGUCAUAUUGUUCAUUGCCAUAAUUGUGCCUUCCCUCAAUCAUGCUAACCUUAUUGACUUAUUGGGUUUUGGGCCUUCUUCUUUCUAGCAUAUGUGCAUGGAGCCUUAUCAUAUACUCAACCAUUUAACAAUUUGUGCUAUUUACUUUGUUAAUUCUGACUUCUUUUCCUCUGAAUGGAUUAAACAUUUGUUUUAUCUUCUUGAAUGUCUGAUGUAAGCAGAGUAUUUUUGCUUGUCUUUUGCCUUUUAUCCAAAAGCUGCUUGAUAAUAGUUUUUACAUAUUCAGGUUGAAGUUAAAAUUGAUAUUUUGAGCAGCCCUCAAGGUGGAAGUUCGGCAAACUUCACCAUCGAAGCAAUGCUAUAUGACACUACGACCUGGUCUGAUCAUCAAGACUAUAUGGAUCUGAAAUCUUAUGGUAUAUUGCAUAUGGAGCCUAACGUACUUCCCAGCGGAUAUCCCGGUUUUCAUGGUUAUCAACUUGUGGGGAGGUUGGAAAGACCAAAACUUUGGUCCGCUGAGCAUGUGAGUAGUCUCAACAGAGAAUUAUUGAUUUUAAUUUCGUAGCAAUGUCCCUUCAUUUUACUGACAAUCAGAAAUAUUAAGAACUUGAAUGCCAUUUUCUCAAUUGCCUCUCGGCAGCAGGGCUAUAUAUAUGAUACCAUGUUCUCCAGAAUGUUUUGCCGCUCUUUUAAGAUGUUUCCAAUGGGUAUCCAAUUCAUGGUUAUGCGUUUGUCUGGUACAGUGUCAUUUUCUUUUUUAAAAACAUUCCGUUCUAAAUUUACUUGGUUCUCUUGUGAGGGAGUUGAUUUAACUUUUCUUGCCAAAGACCUGAUUUUAUACUCAAUGAUAACUUCUUGGGCCAUCAUGUUUACCCCGAUACAGUAAAUCCCCUUUCUCAUCUCAUGGUUCAUCAUAUGGGUUUUUCAUCCUAUCGACUAAUUUUCAAAUUAGCCUUUGUAAGCACAAAAUAAUGACCAAGAGAUCAGCAGUCCUCAGUUCACAAGCAUUGACAUGUGUCCACGAGCCAGUUGUGUUCUGCUCGUACUAGUUUAGUCACCAUAAUGACCAAGAGAUCAGUAGUUUAUGUCGUUUUUACAUUCUGUUAAAGCAUCUCUUGAUUGAAGAUUUCCAUUGGUUACAACAUAUCCACCUGUUACGUUCAUAAUGUGCAGUGGGCUCCACGUACGUGAUUUGUCUGAGUUCCAUGCCCCAAAAGGAAAGGUCCCAGAUGUUUCCUUUGAUGCGCCUAGAGUCAUACCUACUUGAAGUCUACUUUCAUUGUGAUUCCCGGUGUUCACUUGUCUUUACUUGAAAGAAAAAUUGUAGAAAAUUUCUUGAUUCUGAUAUUUCUUCUUCAUUUCGUCAAUAGCCUAAGUUAUACACCCUUGUCAUCUCACUCAAAGAUGAAUCUGGGAACCUAGUUGACUGUGAAUCAUGCUUAAUUGGCAUACGGAAAGUAUCACAAGCCCCAAAGCAGUUGCUGGUAAAUGGCCAACCUGUUAUAAUCCGAGGUGUCAACAGACAUGAACAUCAUCCACGGCUAGGAAAGACAAAUUUGGAAGCGUGUAUGGUUCAGGUAAAUAGUUUUCUUCUUUAGUUUCUUCAUUAAUUGUCGAUAUAUUUUCCUCCUUUCUUUUUAUUCUUUAUUUAUAUUUCUUUGUCUUUGGCCUUUCUACAAGGGAUGAGGAAUUAAGGAUCAAUGAAAGGGAGUGGCAAACAUGGAAAACUUCUGUUGUUAUUUGGGAUUUGAAACGGAGAUAAUGAAGACUACAACAACCUUGUCAUUUGUCUAUUCAAAAACUUUCUUCAUUACAGCAUAGUUUCCAUUUUGGUACUCACUAUGUUUCAGUUCUAUUGUUCUUAACAAAAAUUUUACUGGGUUGACCCCCAUUUUUUUGACACAUGGCUGAUCAUGAUUGUAGGUUCAACACUGCUGGUCAGGAUAGAUGGCAUAACAUUUUUACAGCACUUCUCAGGGAUAUAAGUUUUGGAUUAUGAGUCCUAAUGGUGAAUGUAUAGUAUAUAUGACCAACACGACAACUACUUGGCACUCACCUUAUCAAGAGGUUCUCCACUACAAAUUGGCCUACAAGUAGAUAUCAUCGUUACGUUUUCAAUUAGAAUGAUGCUGGGACAAUGUGUCAUCCUUGGCUAGUUAGUUUAGGUCUCCUCUUAUGAUCUCAGAAACUCAUUAGUGUGAUUCCCUAAUCCCCGAGAAAAAUUUAUCUCCAUAAGAUGGUUCUGCUGCCCAUUCAAUUUAAUUGUUGUUCGAGCUGGACAUUAGGAUAGAUAUCACAUCAGCAGAAAUAGAUACUACCACUCACACCAGUACACCAAUGAGUGUUUGGCAAUAACAGUAGUUGCAGAAUUCUUAGAUAAGCCAGAAAAAAGAAACAGUGGCAGCUGCAGCCAAUGUGUUUGCAGCACGUGUCAUGCUUGUGCACUCAGAUUCUGGCUCACUGCUGCAUCGGCAGGUCUGGGAAGAAAGUUCUUUGGUGGUAGCAUUAUAUGGCUGACAGUAGUCAUUUCGUCCAGCAACAGCUAUACAACUAUAGCCGUGCAUCAGUAUGAGCUUGGAGGGCAACAUUAAGUUGGCUAACUCAUAUUGUGACUGAAUCUGAUGAAACAAACCCUAAACUGGUCUGACACCAUGUUGAGAGGGAGGUUGGUGAAGGCCUAAUCCUUUGACAGAAAGAGGGAAUGGAGAUCUGAUACAGUCGGGCCCAACAACCCCAAACCCUGCUAGGCAAGUUAAUAUUUCAGUAUAUUUAAAUCACUUGGUAGCAACCAUUAUGUUGCCUUGCUGAACAACUAGUGAAUUUCUUUGCUAAGAAUAUUUUCUUGUUCACUAGUAGCGAAUUUUUUUGCUCAUUUCAAAGUGUUGACAUAUGCCUUAAUAUUUUCUUUUAGGAUUUAAUAUUAAUGAAGCAGAAUAAUAUCAAUGCUGUCAGAAACAGCCAUUACCCACAGCACACAAGAUGGUAUGAGCUGUGUGACAUAUUUGGUCUGUACAUGAUUGAUGAAGCCAACAUCGAGACCCAUGGUUUUGAUCAUUCAAGUCAUUUAAGGCAUCCUUCUGAGGAACCAAUUUGGGCUUUCUCCAUGCUGGAUCGUGUCAUAGGGAUGGUGGAGAGGGACAAAAAUCAUGCCUGCAUAAUUGCAUGGUCUCUGGGAAAUGAAGCUGGUUAUGGACCCAACCAUGCUGCAUCUGCAGGUAAAAAAAUUGUGGUACUCACCAGUACUUGAGCCAUCAGAUUUCUAUAAUUUAUGUUAUCAUUCUAGGUUGGAUUCGAGGAAGGGAUCCAUCAAGAGUGGUGCAUUACGAAGGAGGAGGAUCAAGAACUCCAUCAACGGAUAUUGUAUGUCCCAUGUAUAUGCGUGUAUGGGACAUAGUGAAGAUCGCAAAUGAUCCAAGGGAAUCAAGACCUUUAAUUUUGUGCGAGUAUGCACUCUUCCCCAUAUUAAUGGCCUUAAAUCAUAUAUGCACAUUUUUUUUAUCGUAUACUUCAUUAUAUCUACCAUCCGGUGUUAUGCAACUGAUGUUCUUUUCAACAAUCUCUUAAUAGGUAUUCUCAUGCAAUGGGCAACAGUAACGGAAACCUUCAUGCUUAUUGGGAUGCAAUUGAUGCCAAUCAUGGACUGCAAGGUGGAUUUAUUUGGGACUGGGCUGAUCAGGUGGGCAAAACUUUAAUAAUAAAUGCUCUGGAUUUCAUAUAACUAUAAAUAUAUGAAGUUUUUGAUUUUUAAUGUACUUGAUAUUUGUCGAACUAGAGAAAAAUUAAUAGAUUGAUGAUGGCAUGAUAAUUCAUUUAGUGAAUGCAUGGUAACUCUCUUUUAUAAUUGUCUUUAAUAUUAUACACUGUGACGUGCACACCUAGUGUAAACAUUGAUGUUUAUAUGCAGGCUCUGAUUUCAGCUAUUUUCUGCAAGACUUACAUGUUGAUGAAUUUGCCAUUUUUAAUUCCAAUCGGUAAUCUGUUUAUUUUUACUCCUGGAUGAAAGUAGUUGAUGAUGGACAUGAUAAUCCUUCUGCUUUCUUUGAUGAAGCCCAAGCUUAUUCAGAUGUGAUAAUAACUGCACCAUAACAUGUGAAUACUCUACAUCGUUAGUAGAAUUGGCGAAAAUCACUCAUCACAGGAUAGGACAGAAUUUGACGCCUAGACAGAGGGUCGAGAAUUAAUUAAUUAACUUAAACGCAAAGAAAAAAAUGCACUAGAAAUAGUCUUAAAUGUAUUUGAUCAUUCGUCUUGAAAAUAUCCAAUGAAAUUAGAGAUUAUUCUAACAUGUUCCAUCACACACAAUGUUAUUCUUUUUAAGUGCUGUCAUGUGGAUAAUAGAAGGGCGUUGACUAGCACUGUGGCCCAGUCCUUUUAAAUUCAAUGGAAAAAAGUGGUGUAAUUCUGUCUAUUUGAUGACAAUAUUUUAUUUUUUCAAUGAAUGUUAUUCAAUCCUAAAAGAAGUCUAUAAAGGUGUUAUUAACCAAAUGAAAUUUGAAUGAGAUUGUUUUGGUUAAGAACACUUGUCAUUGUGUCCGGAGACAUUCUCAGUUGGACAUCUUGUAAAGAGACAUUUUAAAGAGGAGAUUAGUUUGAUUAAAUCAUAAGUCUCUAGAUAUCUUUAAAUUUCCUGUAUCAUUGGAUUGGAGAAUACCAGCCUCUUUGAAACACUUGCGAGUGAUUUCAGCCAUUGCGAAUCAUGUACAUAGUCUAUGAGCAUGCACUUGUUUGCCCAUGUUGAGAAUCAGAAAACGUCAAACAAAAACACAUAUUUCAUUCCAGAAUUUUCCUAAUAAUUUGAUUUUAAAGAAUAGCAACUCCCUCGUCAUGUUUGGAUAAAAUUUCCUUUGAACUCGAAUGAGGCUUUGGUCCAUUUUCUGUCCUUACAGAAAGUUAGCCUAGGCUUUUCAAGAAUAUCCAGCACCCUUUUAAAUUGAAGCAAAUGAACACCUUUGACUCUUUAGAGUUAUAGAAAACUAUUCGGCAUCAGAAAUUUUGUAAGGCAAAAUGGAUAAGAUGGCUUGAGAUUUGCCAGCCUUAAUAAGUUGAAUAGAAAAUGAAAAUGGAAUGCAGACCAGUGAUGAAAAGAAAAGCACAUUCUAUAAACCAGAGCCAAGUCAAAGUUGUCAAGUUUUAGAAAGCUUUACAUAUUGCACAAGAUACAUAACAUAACAUGAGUAUUUGUGCCGGACUGUCCUACAAUUAUAUCACCUAUGAUAAAAUUGUUGUUUUUAAUGAAUUUCUUUGUUUGAAAAUAUUUUGCCUGUGUUAGUCUACUGAAAGACAAAGCGCUCACAUUCUCAUGAGCUGUAGCAUGAACAACGAGAUUCUCCUGCUUUUUUUUAAAGAGUUUGCAUUUCCUAGUACUCAUUUUACAGUGAUUGCACCGAUCUUUUGUAUUUGCUUCAGGGCCUGCUUAAGGAAGGCAAAGAUGGCUACAAGCAUUGGGCUUAUGGAGGUGACUUUGGGGAUAGCCCUAAUGACCUGAAUUUCUGUUUGAAUGGUAUUACAUGGCCAGACAGAACUCCUCAUCCUGCCAUGCAUGGUAAAAGUAUUUGUGCUGCAAGCACUUUUUCCUAGUAAAUUUCAACUGUGAAUGCCCAAUGACCUGAAGUUGUUCAUCCUUGGAUCAUUUUUUCUACUUUUUUUUUCAGAAGUUAAAUAUGUGUAUCAACCAAUCAAAGUUUCUUUCAAGGAAAACAAGAUCAUGGUACUAUUUUCUUAACUUAAUUCCUUUGCUUGGUUUUGACAUCGUCUGAUUAGCACUAUGUAAAUCUUUGCAGAUAGCAAAUAAGCAAUUCUUCGAGCCAACAGAAGCACUAGAGUUUAGUUGGCAACUUGAUGGAGAUGGUCGCAGUCUGGGCUUUGGGAUACUCGAUCUCCCUCCAAUAGAACCGCAGAGCGCAUAUGCAAUAGAGUGGGAGGCAUAUCCAUGGUUUUCUCUUUGGGAAUCAUCCUCCGCUACUGAAAUCUUCUUAACAAUUACUGUAAAACUGAUGCACAACACACGGUGGGCCAGAGAGGGUCACAUAGUUUCUUCAACACAACUUUGCUUGCCAAAGAAAAGGAAAUGGGCUCCGCAUGUAAAUUUCACACGGCAACUUAUUGGGUUUUAGCUUUAUUUUUAAUUUCAAUAUAGCAUUGAUACGGUUUAUUGUGUUACAGGAAAUCAGAAUAACAGAAAAUGUCAAUUUGGUCGCUGAAUCCAUUGGUGAUGCUAUCGCAAUUCGCAAGCAUAACGUUUGGGAAGUUAUAUUCAAUGUGAAAACUGGAACCAUUGAGAGUUGGAAGGUAAAAGUAAAGGAUACUGGUGCACUACAAAAUUACAUUUGCUCGAGUAGGGAGGAGUUAUCUGAAUUAAUUCAUCAACUACAUCACAUGCCUGAUUGCGAUUAUAAAAGUACCGUUCUGCUUUAGCAGUUUGUGUUUCUCUGCUAUAUGAUAAAGCAUUUGGCUAUUAUGAAAGAAAAAGAACUGAAGGCAUUCGUCCCCUGGCAAAAGAUUUACUUUUAUAUCGGAACACUCAGAUGUACUAAUGGAUCCUCUUCAACGACGGAAGAUAAAUAUUCGUGUCUUAUUUUGCAUCAGUGACUUUGACGUGAAGAAAAGAAAAGAAAAAAUCUUAAACGUAUGGAGACGUACAUGUUCUUCUUCAAGAGUGCCAGCUUUUCAUACCAAAUCCCUGUUUAUGAGGACCGAUUCUCACUAACUUAUUCUUUUAAUGUAGGUCAAUCUGAAUGUAUGUUCAUAUGGUUUCAGUCAAUAGAAGGUUACAUUUGAUAAACAAAGGUUGAAGCAUUCUAAAAUGAUAACUGGUUUGUCCAUCAUGAAAAAUAUGCCAAUGCUGACUAUGAUACUAGUUAACAGAUGAUAUUUACUCUGCGUUGAUGCAGGACUGCAAUUGCGAUGCAGGACUACUAAGUGAGUUUACUAGUGUAGUUCUAGUUGUGCCCAAUCCAGCACUAUCCCCCUUUGUUGAGCUCUGCUGUGUUUAAUUCAUAUAACUUGGUUUUACUCUUGAAAUACCCAAAUAAUGCAUCUGCAGUAGUUUUCUGUCUUUUGUGAUGCUGCUUUGUCGUCAGUUCACAAGAGUAGAUGGCCUCUUUUUCUUAAGUUGGAGAGGUGAACGAAACUAUGGUUCUCAAUGAAAAAGCUUAGGACAAGAAACAGAAUAGGAGGAAAAGUUCGACUCCGGCUGUAGCAGCUGUACACUGAUUGGGCAACAGGUCUCAAUCUGUCGGUUGUUGAGCAGAAAAACUGGCAUCCCCGUGCAGAUUUUAACGCACUAGAUUUUUCAAGGGGAGCACGGAGUAUACAAAAAUUCUUGUUUCUGGACCAAAUGAUAUUUUAAAAAAAUUCCUUCAAUUUUUGUACCUUCUCAUUUCAGUCUCUGCCUCUUUCUAUAUAUUUAUUCUGAUAUUCGUUUCUGUAUAUUUUCAGGAUAAAUUUUAUUUCAUUUAAAUUUUCUUUAUAUCUGACAUUACAUUCAGAUGGUUAGACUAUGGUUAUUAAUUUAGAUUAGGGACAUGCCAUGAGUGUAAUAACUGGAUCGUAAGAACUGUGAAAAAAUUCAGAGCAGCCAGCCUAAAAAACAAUGUCGCGAUGGUCAACCUUCUUGGGUGAUCAAAGCAGUACACUUCCUGUUGGGGUUCAGCCUUUAGAGGACUUGCUAUGAGGGAGCUAAAGUGUCAAACUAGGCGAAACAUAUGUACCUCUGAUCAUGAAACUCAAAGUGUACAAUCACGUCGUUGUCGCAAAUUAACUGGCAGAAAACAUCUAGGCUUGCAAUAGCGUACACAACUCUGAAUUUUAUGAUUCUAUAACUAUGAAAGGAAAGAAAACUUAAUCAAAAGGUUGGCUUUCUACGUUUCUUGAUCUUCAGGUCGAAGGAUAUCGUCUGGUGCAGAAGGGUAUGCUUCCCUGCUUUUGGAGAGCCCCUACUGAUAAUGAUAACGGUGGUGAUCAGAACAGCUAUGCCUCUAAAUGGAAGUCGGCAUGCCUCGACAGAAUGGUGUUCUACACAGAAAGUUGCUCAAUUCAGAACCUGACAGAGCAGAGCGUGCAAAUCAAAACUGUCUACUAUGCAUUCAAAACUGAUGAAACGGAGAAAUUGGAUUCGGUUUCCACAUCUGGUGAUAAAUCACCGAUUGGCAAUGCUCUUUUUAAGAUUGACGUCACAUAUCACGUCCAUGGUUCUGGGGACGUGAUUAUUGAGUACUUAGUUAAACCCAGAUCAGAUCUGCCCCCGCUUCCACGCAUUGGGUUGGAUUUCCAGAUAGACAAAUCUCUGGAUCAGAUCAAAUGGUUCGGUAAAGGGCCAUUUGAAUGCUACCCUGACCGCAAGGAGGCUGCCCAUGUGGGUAUUUAUGAGAAAAAUGUUGAAGACCUGCAUGUGCCCUAUGUAGUUCCUGGUGAAAGUUCAGGUAGAGCCGACGUUAGAUGGGUUGCUUUCCUGAAUAGCAGGGGGAUUGGUCUCUUUGCUGCUGCUUAUGGAGACAGUCCACCUAUGCAAAUGAGUGCGAGUUACUACAGCACACAGGAACUCCACAGGGCCACACACAAUGAAGACCUCAUCAAGGGAGAACACAUCGAGGUACUUCCUAUCUAUGAGAACUUAGUAUCCGUGAGCUACCCACUUGCCAUUAUUGUAUGAUAUAUCAUAUAAGUUCAUAAUCUGUAAAACGAAAACUUUGGUUUGGUUUAGAAAAUUAUAUCCUUUUGUUCACAUGAUGUUUUAGCAUUCCAUGACUAUUAAUAGAAUCAACAGAACUUUAUAAAUCCUUCCUUGUAUGGAGAGAUUGCUCACUCCCCAUUGUUGCAGGUACAUCUUGAUCACAAGCACAUGGGUCUGGGUGGAGAUGACAGUUGGUCCCCAUGCGUUCAUGAGCAAUAUCUCAUUCCUCCAGUUCCCUAUUCGUUCUCACUAAGGCUCUGUCCUGUCAGGGCCUCCAAAUCCUGCCAGGACAUCUACGGUUCACAGCUCCCGAAAUAA